AAAUGCAAAAGAUCACUUACUAGAUUUGAUCAACUGUUCUCAAAACGGAUUCAUUCCAGGAAAAUCAUGUACAACCCAGCUAUUAGCGGUACACGAUUACAUUGGGUCCUUGCUGGAUGCUGGUAAGCAAACAGAUGUUAUCUAUAUGGACAUGUCAAAAGCCUUCGACAAAGUUAACCAUGAAACCCUACUCAAUAAGCUGAACAACUGCUUCAACAUUUUUGGUAACUUGCUUUGUUGGUUCAAGACCUACUUGUUAGACCGUAGGCAACGCGUUACUGUGCUAGGCGCCACCUCCUCUGAAAAACCCGUACUCUCAGGAGUACCACAGGGUUCAAUAUUAGGCCCUAUACUUUUCCUCCUCUACGUGAACGACCUUCCAGAUGCCGUUAAGAACUCCAAGGUUUCAUCUUUCGCAGAUGACACUAAGGUAUUUAAGUGUAUUGACUCCAUCUCGGAUGCAAGCUUGCUUCAGAGCGACCUGAAUAGUCUGGGCAAUUGGUCAACUAAUUCUGGACUUGUAUUUAAUCAAGACAAGUGCAAGCUUCAGCAAAUUACCAGGAAAAAGAACCCGAUCGACUUCUCCUACGAGAUAAAUAACAAAUUACUGGAAAUUUCAUCGGAAGAGAAAGACCUUGGUAUUUGGGUUACUGCUGCGCUUUCCUGGUCAAAACACACCUUUGACCGUUGUGCUAAGGCCAACAAGUUGCUUGGCUUCCUGCGCAGAUCUGCUGUGGAAGUAAAAAAUCCAAACACCCGCCGCACGCUCUAUUUGGCAAUUGUGCGUCCUGCAUUAGGCUACGCCACACAAGUCUGGUCACCGCAGUCAAUUGAACUAGUCAGAAAGUCAGAGCGCGUUCAACGUCGAGCUUCGAAAUUUAUCCUUAAGCUGCCCUUCACGUGUACAGAAUCCUACAAAGACAGACUAAUGUCUAUAAAUCUGUUACCAGUCUCUUAUUGGCAUGAGUAUCUUGACUUGAUGUUCUUUUUUAAGGUCAUAAAUGGUAUUAUAACUGUUCCGAAGGAAAUCUUGCCAAAACGAUCUACUCCCUCAAGGCCUACUCGAUCAUCUUCCAAUAA